AAUUGCCAUUAUAUUUCCAGGUAUAACAAUGGACUUGGAUGAAAUUUUAAUAGAAGAAGUACGCAAUCAUCCACUGCUGUACGACCUUGCCCACAUGGAGUACAAAAAUUUGAGAAGAAAGGAUUAUGCAUGGAAGGAGGUUGCAGCUAAUACAAAAACUGGAGUGCAAGAAACGAUGGAAGAGCCUCCGCGACUCCUAUAAGCGCUGCAAAAGGAUGGAUCAACUCGCUUCCGGCAGUAGUGCUGAAAC